CCUUGCGCAAAGGAAAGGAAGACAAUUUUCACCAAAAUGGCCGAAGCCGAGGGUAUGGAAGUCGAUUCUCCAGCAGUUCCAUCGACAUCUUCGGGUUCCAACAAGAAAAGAUUCGAAGUCAAAAAAUGGAAUGCUGUUGCUCUAUGGGCUUGGGAUAUUGUGGUCGAUAACUGUGCCAUCUGUAGAAACCACAUUAUGGAUUUAUGUAUAGAAUGCCAAGCAAACCAGGCUUCUGCUACUAGUGAAGAGUGCACAGUUGCUUGGGGUGUUUGUAAUCAUGCUUUCCACUUCCACUGUAUCUCCCGUUGGUUAAAGACUCGUCAAGUCUGUCCACUGGACAACAGGGAGUGGGAAUUCCAAAAGUAUGGUCGGUAAAGGUGGAGCUGCCUCCUCUGUUACUGGUGGCCUUGCUGCCUUGCAAGAAGCUUUCAACUUUUUGUAAAAAGUUACCAGGACAAUUUUUUUUUGAAACUUGUAAAAAUGAAUCUAAUUUCUGCUAGGUUUGUUUUUCAUUGUGUCCCUUUUCAGUUAUCAAAAUAAAACCUUUUCUCUUUAACACUU